AUGGAAGACAUUAAAUGUGUGGGCAAUCUGUUUACCUGGAAUAAUAAGCAGCAAGGUAGUAGCAGAGUCUUUUCAAAAACUGAUAGAAUUAUGGCCAACCAUGCUUGGAAAAGUUGUUUCUCAGCUGCUGAAGUGUGUUUUAUGCCAGAAGGCCACUUUGAUCAUUCUCCUGGGUUUCUAUCUGUGUAUCCUAGAUAUGAUGGAGGGAAGAAACCUUUUAAAUACUUCACAAUGUGGAAGUGUUCAGCUGUUUUUUCAGACAUUAUUCAGAAGGCUUGGAACAUCCAGAUAAGUGGGAGCAAAAUGUUCAUCUUGGUUAAUAAACUGAAGAGAGUAAAUCAUGCACUUAAGGAUCUGAAUAAAGUAGGGUUUACUGAUGUGCAAGCUGCUGAUUUUAGAGGACAUCAGAAUAUGGUGGCUGCUCAGAGUGCAAUUCAGAAAGCUAAGGUGUCAUGGCUUAAAGAUGGGGAUGAAAAUACUGCCCUUUUUCAUCAGAGUAUUAGGAGCAGGAAGGUGCAGAACCAAGUUUAUAACAUCUAUGAUAUGAAAGGGGAAUGGAAAGAUACAACUGAUGGGGUUUCACAAGCUUUUUUAGAUUAUUACAAAGUUCUACUAGGUAGUACUCAUGAACUUAGAACUCUAAUAAGCAGGCAGGUGGUUCAACAGGGGCCAGUUUGUAUGGAUCUUCACAAAGCUAUCUUAAAUGCUCCUUAUACAGCAGAUGAAGUGAAGAAGGCUCUCUUUUCUAUUCCAGGUGUUAAAGCUCUUGGACCAGAUUGUUUUGGUUCUUAUUUCUAUAAAGAUGCAUGGCAUAUUGUUGGGGAUGAAGUCAUUGCAGCCAUCCUUGAUAUGUUGCAGCAAGGUCAACUCUUGAAAGAAGUGAAUCAUACAGUGAUUACUCUCAUUCCUUAUACUAAAUGUCCAAAAGAUAGAAUUAAGGAGGUUUUGUUCAUGGAAGCUUAUGAUAUUGUUGAUUGGAAAUUUUUGCAUGAAAUGCUGGAAUUUCUUGACUUUCCCAAGAAGUUUGUAGAUAUGGUCAUGCAGUGUGUUGGUACUCCUAUGUUUUCCUUGAUGCUGAAUAGGUCUAUGCAUGGUUUCUUUAAAUCCCAAAGAGGUUUGAGGCAAGGAGAUCCUAUCUCUCCUCUGCUGUUUUUCAUCUAUGUGGAAUAUUUGUUUAAGAUUCUAAAUAGAAUGAGUGCUAUGCGGCCUAUGCCUCAAUUUCAGUUUCAUCUAAGGUGUAAAGAUCUGAUAUUAUGCAGUAUGGGUGAUUACCAGUCUAUCUAUCUUCUUCUUCGAGCUUUCAAACUUUUUUCUAACUCAGCCGGCUUAAAGAUGAUUUAUGUGGCUCAAUGUGGUCAUCUGGUGGAUAAAAUGAUAACCAGGAUUAAGGAUAUUGUGAAGAUAUGUAGAGCAGUUCUAUGGAGUGGGCAUGCUUUCAGUCAUGAACCAAGCAACAUAGCUUGGGAGAAGGUCUGUAGUGACAAGCAAACUGGAGGAUUGGGUUUUAGAGAUGUUCUGCUAUGGAAUACUGCUUUUAUGGGGAAAUAUGUAUGGGCUUUAGUCAAUAAACAGGAUAAUGUCUGGAUCAGGUGGGUUACUUCCGUAUACUUAAAGGAUGGGGAAUGGUGGGAGUAUCUGUAA